AAAAAAGGAGAAGUAAACUCAGAUUGUCUCACAAAUAGACUCACAGAGAUGCUGACAUGUGUUACAGAGCUCAGAGUGGAAGAUGGUAAAAACAGUUUCACUCUGGCUGUCAGCGUGUUGAUUUGCAUUAGUCUGCAACUUAUACAAUAUUUCAAUAUUUUGGCUAUUAUUAUUGUUAUUAUUGAGUGGCACAGACGACAGGAGGGGUUUCCUGAAACAACAGAACAACACUUUGUGAGCUGCUGAGGUCGUGGCUUUGGUCCACUCCCGUCGUUGAGCCUGCCGCCAUGGCUCGGUACCUGGGCUACUUCAGCACUGUGGGCGAUGUGCAGCCGGUGCAGUGGGACGAAGAAGAGCUGCACGUGAACAGCGAGGAGCUGAGUCCGGCCACCGGCCUGGUACCAACAACGCUGACCUUUAGGGCUUCGCUGCAGAGGCUCUAUGGCUCUGAUCAUUUCCAGGUGUUGGUGGUGUGUUUAGUAAUCCUGGAUGCCAUCUUUGUUCUGGCGGAGCUGCUCAUCGAUCUGGCUGUGAUAGAGUUGGAAGAACACCACCUUGCUCCUGAGGUGUUCCACUAUCUGAGCCUGGCUCUUCUCACAUUCUUCAUGGUGGAGCUGGUUGGUAAGCUGUUCGCUUACCGCCUGGAGUUCUUUCAACACAAGUUUGAGAUGUUUGAUGGCUUGGUGGUCGUGCUUUCCUUCGUGUUGGACAUUGUCUUCAUCUUCCAUGAGGACGCCUUUGAUGGGAUGGGUCUCCUGAUCCUGCUGCGACUCUGGAGGGUUGCCAGAAUUAUCAAUGGUAUCUUGGUGUCAGUGAAAACUCGUGCACACCAGAAGAUUCAUAAGCUGAAGGAGAGCUAUGACCACCUUGUUCAAAGAGUCACGGAGCUACAGGAGCGCAGUGAUAAACUGGAAAAAGAGAACCAGGAACUGCAAGCCCUCCUGAAGAAGAACAGCAUAGACUUCUAACUCAUCGAGCUAACUCUUGUGGAGCACAUACUUCUCUGCACUAAUUAUAAACUAAACUAUGCACUCCAUGAACUUUUAUUUUCAGUCUGAUUUUGAAGUUUUACCACAUCUUUUUUGAAUAUCUGUAUCAGUGGAUCCAUAUCAAGGUUUCUCCUCAUUAUAGUCAUAUAAACCAGUUAGAGGUCUGCAUACUGUAUGUCUAAUGAAUGUCAGAUAUUCAGAUGCCACUGGAUGUCACUCCAUAAGCUUCAAGGCCUAUCUUAAUUUAAUAGUGAAUAUCUGAAACAUGCCUCACACUGAUUACUUGUACAUUAAGCUAAAAGUGCUAAUUGAUGUUAAAAGUGUAUGUAAGUUUAGUAAAAAAAAAAAAUAAAAAAAAAU